GCACCACAUGGCUCAAGCCGAACAAAUCACGUUCUAUACUCACGCUAUCUCUCUCUAUUGCCAAACUGUACACAUCGCUCUCGAAGAGGCAAAGGCAGAGUACACCUUGUACUAUGUCGACUUGAAAGACAAGCCUGCGUUUUUCGUUAACAAAGUCAACCCGGUCGGCAAGGUUCCUGCUCUCACCUAUGGCGGCCCCAAGGUCAGCCCGGAACAGCCCUCCCCGGAGUCCGCCAAGCUCAGGGAGUCCCGUGUCAUUCUUGAAUUCCUUGCCGAUGUCUUCCCGGACUCCGGCCUUCUGCCGCAGGAUCCUGUACUCCGCGCGAGAGCCCGCCUUUUCAUCGCCGUCUUCGAUGCACAGGUCUUCGACGCCUUCAAAGCAUACUUCUGGAUGAAUGAGCCCGUCACCAAGCUCCUCGAUGCUCUUGACGCGCUUCAGAAGCUUCUCCCCGCCACAGGAUUUGUUGCCGGCGAGAAGUGUGGCAUCGCCGACAUAGCAGUCGCGCCACUCUUGUCAACUAUGGUCGCGCUGCUCGAGAACGAUUUGGGCGUUUAUCCCGUCGGCGAUGGCAGGAAUACUCUCGAGGUCCUGCGCGGCGAGAAAUUCGCUCGCUUUAGCACGUAUAUCGACGACCUCCAAGCUCAGCCAAGCUUCAAGGCUGUUUGGAACAAGGACGCACAAGUUGCCUCUGGGAAGAGCAAUACCCGUUUUCAGCGCAAGUGAAUCAGCUUCUGUCGUGAAGUCUGUGAAAUUCUUUACUACUGCUCUCAUGCGAAGCACAAAUGGGAUAGAUCACAAGAGAGGAGAUUUGUACACAAUUGCGCAAAAUGCAUGUAUGGUCAGCAACAAC